UACCAACAAUAACAGUUCAGAUGCUUUAGAAAUUAAAUCUUGAGUUUUGUUAAUAACAAUGGAUAAACAAGAUAACAUCACCGGUGGAUCACUACAAGUUGAACCCGCAAGCCCACAAAACCGCGGUGCUGGUCCAGAAAAAGAUCUAGAAUCGGCCCACACCAUCGGCCAUGACUCGUUUGGUCAACUUGGUUUACUGCUUAUAACAAGUUUCAACUGUGGAUACAUAUUAAGCUUUUCAAACCUGAUGUUGGUGCCUCUAGGAUGGAUCUGGGGUGUCACUAGCUUGAUACUUGUGGGGCUGAUUACUUUCUAUGCUAACUGGCUAUUAGCUGAGUUCCAUUUUGUCGAUGGAAAACGAUUCAUUAGAUACAGAGAUCUUAUGGGACAUCUUUUCGGGCGGAAAAUGUAUUAUGUAACAUGGGUUCUUCAGUUUUCAAUCCUUAUUCUUGGGAACAUGGGGUUCUUACUUCUUGGAGGGAAAGCCCUUAAGGAAAUCGAUUCACAAUUCAGCGAUUCGCCUUUGAGACUCCAAUAUUUCGUAGUGAUAACGGGUGUAUCGUACUUUGUGUUUGCACUUUUGGUUCCUACAUUGUCAUCAAUGAGAAGGUGGUUGGGAAUCUCUAUGGUUCUAACCUUCACUUAUAUAACAAUUCUUCUUGUGGUAGUAUUUCGAGAUGGAAGAUCAAACAAAGAUCGAAACUAUGACAUUAUCGGAAGCAACAAUUUUUCCAAAGUGAUGAAUGGUUUUGGUGCGAUAUCUGCGAUUAUUGUUUGCAACACGAGUGGCAUACUACCAGAACUACAGUCGACGCUGCGUAAACCAGCUAUCGCAAACAUGAAGAAAGCCUUGUAUCUACAAUACAGUGUGGGACUUUUCUUCUACUAUGGUGUGAGUAUUGUUGGAUACUGGGCCUAUGGUUCAGCUGUUUCAACAUAUCUGCCUGAAGAGCUCAGUGGCCCUAAAUGGGCUAGUAUUAUGAUCAACGCUAUAAGCUUUGUUCAAUCUAUAAUAUCCCAACAUAUGUUUAUUGCACCGAUUCAUGAGACUCUUGACACAAAGUUUCUGAGGCUUGACAAAAGCAUACAUUCGAGAGAAAACAUAAAGAACCUACUGCUCCUGCGAGCAACGGUCUUUACAGGCAAUACAUUGGUGACAGCAGCGUUCCCGUUUAUGGGGGACUUUGUGAACUUGCUUGGAUCAUUUUCACUCAUCCCUUUAACGUUUGUAUUCCCGAGCAUGAUCUAUAUCCAGGUGAAAGGCAAGUCAACAAGAUUGGAGAAGAAGGUCUGGCAUGGGGGUAUUAUCGUCUUGUUUUCUCUCCUCACGAUAGCGACUACAAUAUCUGCUAUCAGAUCGAUUGUACGCAACGUUAGGCAAUACAAUUUAUUUGCAGAUACAUAAAUGUGACAAUUAUGUUGUAACGUAACAUUUUUUCCUUUUAUUCCUGCAAAAACUAAUGAUUUUCCUAUGAUCAAAAGCCAAUUUUGAUGGU